AGAGUAUGUAAUAAAUCAAGAAAUAACAGAUUUUUCUGAUGCUUAAUAAGAGGGAAGGACAUAGAAGAAAAUGAAAAGUUGCGUCCUUCCCCUUUCAUGCUAAUUAACACAUUCAGAAGCUGUACUGAAAGGAAUUUAAACUCGUGAUAGUCAUAAGAGAACAGAUCAAAGGAGAAAAAAACAGACCAAGUCAAGCAAAAGAAAGCUGCACAUGCCUUUCAGUUAACAGAAUACUGAUCCGAAGGAGGUCUGAGCAGGACUAAGCUCACAAAAUGCGCAGAAGAAACGAUCACCCGCAUGGCAACUAUUUCAGAGGCAGAGGACACACCUAUUUUGCAGCAGAAGAAGCUCUGGGCAUUGGACUUUUCAUUUUGGUGCUGGCAACUUUACUUGCCUUUGGCUGUUGGUAUUACAAAAGACGUAGUGGCUACAAAAGUCUGCAGAGCAAAAGCUCUAGUGUGAGCACAGUACGGAACGUGGUAGGUGAGGGAGCAAUACUGGACUGCAAAAUGACUCUCCAGGAGUACAGAAACUUUAAUUCUGUGGUAAGUUGCAACUCAAGGUCUCAUUUACUUAAACAUAGUAAGACAUGGCAAGACAAUAUUGGUAAAUGGGCAAUUAAUGAUUUCUUCCUUGCAGUGUGCUCUCUAGAUAGCAUCUUCAAUGCCUCUAUAUCAACUUAGAAAGUACUAUUUUGAACAAU